AUGCCGCUGGCCGAUUCCCAGAAGGAUCUCCGCCAGCAGCCCCAGCAGCAGCAGCAUGUGUCCUCCACCAGCAGCAACAACAUUGCGGAACAGCAGUGCAGUAGUAGCAGCGGUUUGGGCCUGCAGCUACGACAGCGCAUGCAGAUUACCUCGUCCGGCUGUAGCAGCCUCGCGGUCACGCCCAUGGAGCACACGCCCACCGAGGACGAGGAGAGUGGUGGCGGCAGCAGCGGGGUCAACUCCUCGGUGACCACGGUGACCUCAUCGCAGCGUCGCCAGCAGCUGCAUCAAGUGCAACAGCAAUGUGCUUUGCAGGCGGCCCUGGAGCAGCAUCACAUCUCACCGGCAGCAGAACAGGAGUCUUCCAGAGAAAAACCAGUGCAUCAAACACUAUGCCCGCCGCCAGAACUCAUGGAGCUGAGUGAUUCCGAGUCCCAGGGAGGAAGAAGAGAAGGGGUAGUUGGAGGAGGAGCACCUGGCUCAGAAGACGCGGAACCCCUAGAUGAUACAGAAAACGAAUUCGAGCUCAAAGAGGUCAUAAAAGAGGGUCACGACAAGGCAGAUCCCUCGCAAUUCGAACUCCUUCGAGUCCUGGGCGAAGGAAGUUUUGGCAAGGUGUUCCUGGUGCGCAAGGUCAUAGGGAAAGAUGCGGGUACCCUGUACGCCAUGAAGGUGCUCAAGAAAGCCACCCUUAAAGUCAAGGACCGAGUGAGGAGUACCAAUGAACGCAAGAUCCUGGCUGACGUGGGCCAUGCAUUCAUCGUGCGCCUGCACUACGCCUUUCAAACCCCCGGAAAACUAUACUUGAUAUUAGAUUUCCUUCGUGGCGGCGAUCUUUUUACUCGCCUGUCCAAAGAAGUAAUGUUUACCGAAGAGGAUGUUAAGUUUUAUCUGGCUGAACUUGCGCUGGCCAUGAACCACCUGCACUCGCUGGGCAUCAUCUACAGGGAUCUGAAACCGGAAAAUAUACUACUCGAUGAGCAUGGCCAUAUAGCGUUGACGGAUUUUGGUCUGUCCAAGCAGCCUUUAGAUGGAUCCAAAACAUACAGUUUUUGUGGAACCGUGGAAUACAUGGCACCGGAGAUUGUGAACCGAAAAGGACACGAUUUUGCCGCCGAUUGGUGGAGUUUUGGGGUGCUCAUGUACGAAAUGCUUACAGGGAAUUUACCUUUUCAUGGCCAAACCCGCCAGGAGACUAUGAACCAAAUCCUAAGGAGUAAGUUGGGCAUGCCGGAAAAUCUGUCACCAGAGGCGCAGUCCCUGCUACGGGCUCUUUUCAAAAGAAAUCCUCAGAAUCGUUUGGGUGCGGGUGCCCAAGGAAUAUUGGACAUCAAGGCGCACUGCUUUUUCGCUACUAUCGAUUGGGUGAGAUUGGAACGAAAGCAGGUGCGUCCGCCUUUUAUACCGGCGGUUAGCCGUGACGAUGCCUUCUACUUUGAUGUGGAGUACACCUCGAAGUCCCCUAGGGACUCACCGGGUGGUCCCAUCUCCGCAUCUGCACAUGAAAUUUUUCGUGGCUUUAGCUUUGUGGCCCCUGUUCUCCUAGAAGGCCAAUGUGCCGGCUCGAAUAGCUGCUCUACCAGUGCCAGUCCACUACAUAAUAUAGCUCCCAUUCCUGCUGUUCCGGCGGGUGCGCCCCGAACUUUACCCGGUGUUCUUCCUGGAAACUUCCAUGCGGAGUAUAAUCUGCUCCAAGAACUGGGUCGGGGAACUUUCUCAGUUUGCCGGCUGUGCGAGCAUCGCGCCUCCAAGAAACAUUAUGCCGUAAAAGUAAUCGAAAAGGCCGCUGUGGCCGCCGCAUCCACGUCCGCCGAUUGCUGGGAGGAAGUAGAGAUCAUGUUAAGGUAUGGCAACCACCCAAAUAUCGUCACUCUGUAUUCAGUUUACGAGGAUACGGGCUCCGCUUAUCUAGUAAUGGAGUUGCUGAAAGGCGGUGAGCUACUCGAUCGCAUACUGGCCGUGGGUCAGAUGUGCGAAAGCGAGGCGAGCGCCGUUUUAAGGACGAUUGCAUCCGCAGUAGCAUAUCUCCAUGAACAUGGCGUUGUCCAUCGAGAUCUGAAGCCCUCCAAUAUGAUAUAUGCAAGUAUGCGACAGACUCCCGAAACCCUGAAGCUCUGCGAUUUAGGCUUCGCCAAACAGCUGCGCGCAGACAACGGACUUCUCAUGACGCCCUGUUACACAGCCAACUUUGUGGCGCCCGAGGUUUUGAAGCGGCAAGGUUACGACCUGGCAUGCGACAUCUGGUCGCUGGGCGUGCUCCUUUACAUCAUGUUAUCCGGGCGGACGCCCUUUGCCAGCACUCCAAACGAUUCGCCGGACGUGAUACUGAAGCGCAUCGGGUCGGGACACAUUGACUUCACCAGCAGUCGCUGGGCACUGGUCAGUGUGCCGGCCAAAGAACUGUUGCGCCAGAUGCUGCACAUAGUGCCGGAGAAUCGGCCGACGGCGGCGCAAAUUCUUGAUCAUGCCUGGCUCCGGGAACAAUUCGCCAAUGGCGUGCAGCUAACAGAGUAUGCGGUAGCACCCGGAUUACAGCUUUCGCUAUGCGCCCAACAGCAGCAACAGAAUCACAUUUCGAUGGCUUUGAGGGGAGCUGUAGAUGCCACGUUUCGAGCUAUUGCCAUACCGCAGGCGGCCAAUGUGGGACCUGUAGAACUUUCGAUGUUAGCCAAGAGGCGAGCCAAAGAUAGAGCUAACCUGCACUCCUAAUCCUGGGCCGCAGCAUGGUGCCCCCGGCGCCAGGCCAAAAGGCAGAUAAUCAGGCUGGUUUUCCGACUCUAUAGUAUUCAAAUCCAAUGCUGCUGUUUCAUACCGCGUCGUUUCGUCAAUGGCAAUGUGCACACGCUUGGUUCACACCCACACCCGGUGGCCUAUCCUCGCAAUCGCUGCCGAAGCACCAACCUGGGCGUAGUUUAGGUAAUUGGCCCAACUUUAUGUAUUUGACAAACAGUGCUAAUGGUUUAUUUUAUAUGAAAGCAUACCAAGAUGCCAAGGCCAACGAGCAAAGUGCGGGGCAUCUAUAUACACAUAUAUAACUAUAGAGAUACAGAUAUAUAUAUAUAUAUAUAUAUAGCUAUUUAUAAAACGACUCCUUAGGAAGGGCCUCGAAAGCGUGUGUGUAUGUGGCGCCAGGAUCAUCCCAGAUGAUGCCUGAUCUCACACAAGUAAUCCUUAAAUCGAAAUUGAAAUUCGAACACACAAGUUUACAAUAUAAAAACAAAAUGCAUACAUAUUUUUAAUUAAAUUAAUCGUAGCUAAAUUUUUCAACAUCACCGUGUUAUUGUUGUUUAACUAAUUAAUUAUAAUUAAAAUGAAAAGCGAAAACGUAAAUAUAAGAACCAAGAGUUAAAGCCACAAUUCAUUUUCUAUUAUUAAGAACUUUUGUCGCCAAACUAUUAAAAAAAACGUACAGAAGCUAAAGAAAAAAUGUAAAAAGAGAAUUUUAAAAAUCUAAAGAAAAACUAACCAAGAGUUUCCAUCAAAAAAGUAGAACUAUAUAAAUUAAAUACAAAAUUAAUGGAUUAUACAGCUUAUGUACAUAAAACCGUUGAUGGAAAUUGUUCUUUUCGGGUUCAUAAGGCAAAGGAGAUCACUUUCAAAAAAUUUUUUUUUGAAAUAAAAUAGUUUAAAUCUUGUCAAAGUCAAAAUUUAUUCCCAAGUUGUGCCAAGGUACAUCGUGUUAUUUAAUUAUAAUUUUAAAACGUGAAUCAUUUUUAACUGUCUUGUAGUCCUGAGAUACUCAGUAUCAUCGCAUCGCGUGCAUACAUAUGUACAUAACAAAAAAAUUGUGAAAGCAUAAAAUUGGUUUCCCAUUUAGUUUGCUAAAGUCUUCCAACAGAAAUAUCAUCCCUCUGCAUUCAAAACCAUAUUCAGAUAUCUGGUUCUGAAUUACAAUAGAAUGGCUCAGAUCAGAAGCUUUGAAGUCAUUCCAUCAGAGCCGAACUUAUUUCUUAAUACACUUAUUAUUGUGCUGCCCCCUCGGUUAAAUUUCUAACGAUCAGCCCAAGAACAUGUUUGCCCCUCGUAAAAAAAAAACUAAAAAUGUGAUUUUAUAAGAAAAUUUUUCGAUACUUCGAUGCAAAUUUUUCUUCAAUUUUUGCCAAGGCAAACUUGUUAAAACCUAUGUCAAAAUAAUUAUAUAAAACUAAACAUAACAAAAACGUGAAAAAAUGAAUACUAAUAUGUACAAGAUUCAUGUGAAUCAAAAACAAUUUUUGAGCAAGCUAUGUCAUCUGAAAAAAAAUUCACCCACAUUUUUGGGGCUUAUUUGACUGAAUGUGUGUGUGUGUGUUUUGAAAAUGGGUGCAUGUGUUUGUGUACGUUAAUAAGAUUUACGCGCUGUGCCACUACUGAACUUACUGCUAACAAAAAACAAUAAUUGAAUAUACACCAUCUAGAAAACGUUAGUUAAACUUGCAUCAACUUGUAAAUCAGUGUGUUUUGGCGGUGUGAAAGAUAAGUUAUCAAGGGGAUCACGCAAGAAUUAUCCAAAAAUACAUUGUAAAUUAGCUAGCUAAACACAAAAAUUUUAAAAAGGUGCAAACUUUAAUAUUUAUUUCAAAACAAUUUUUUAUAAGCCCCUUGGAAGGACAAUUAAAAAAAAGGUUGGUAUGAUAAAUUUCUCACUGAUAUUGAGCCAUAUGAAGACAAAAUCUUAACAUUUAUUCUCAAUACCAAUUUACAGAUUCGAAACAUUAUAUAAAAUAACUCACAAAUGUUUACUUGUCCAGCAUAUUUGAAAACAUUUUAUUAAAUCCGUACUUCAUUUGUAAAAAACUUAUUGCUAUGGCGGUUAAACUUUACCAAAAUAUUUCGUCAGCAUGGACUUUCGGUUUGAAGAGAUUUAUUUACCAUUAUCAUUUGAAAACCAUUUUUUUUUAUAUAUUGUGUCAUAAUGAUGUAAGAUAAUGAUGAAUACCAUAACAAAUUUGUACUAUUAAAUACCAACGGUUUGCAACCUGCACAAAAAAGACAAAGAAGGCAAACAAUCCCCACACAAGAAAUAUAACCAUGAUUUUGAACCCAGCGCCCAUCACCCCCUUAGCAUUUACCUAUUAUAAACAGACCUCGAUCUCGAAAUGGACAUCGACUAAAUUCCCUAAUAAUAACACACCAAAUAUGUAUUGGAUGCUACGUACAUAUAUUUUCUUAGUAGAUUUUUACAGCUUCCAGAUCUAUAUAUUAAUAUGAAAGAAAUCUGAUAACACAACAUGAAUUAUUAAACAAAUUAAUGAGCAACACUUUUAUUGUAAUGGAAAUCGGUUCGAAGUUAUUGUAAAGUUAAAUCAUAAACAAAUUCAGAAAAAUUACUGGAAAAAAAAAUAAAAAAUCGAAGU